CUAUCUCCAGCGCUACUGAGCUCAAUAGCCACAGACAAAUUCCAUCGGUUAUCGCAGCCGAAAGCCGCAAGUACGCCAUACCCGCUACACCAUCACGAUCUUUUACGAAUUGGAAACACCACCUUCCAAGUUCACUUCCAUCUGGAUGGGUAUCCGUGCGACCUGUGUCAGCUGCGAGAUGACGGAAGCAACGAGAUCGAUCUUCGUCCGACCAAGUCGAUGGCCAAGGCCGCAGCAAACAGUCAAAUAACGGGUCCGUCUGGUAGCUAUUCACAUAUUCGCCUAUCGGGUGAUCGUAAGCUUGAUGCGGAAGCUGAAAGAAGACGCCAGAUGCAGGAGAUGAAGGCAAGGUACUUAAGUAACCCAACGAAGAAACGCAGCUCGAAGGAAGCGCAUCUUGAGAAGGGCAACGUCCCUUACAAGGAUCGUGCAGCUGUUCGAAGGGCAGCAUUUGGGUCUUCGGACACUGUCGUUCCACCGCGCACGCGGCCAUCGGGCUCUCCGCCCCUUCAACGACGCUCGACUUCUCCGGUCGCACGAGCUACCACACAGCAGGCGAUUGAUCGCUCCAAUGUUGGAUAUCAGAUGCUUGCGAGGAUGGAGGGCGAUCCUAUAAAAAUGCAGGCCCCCUUGGAAGUCAAGACACCUCAGGGAAGGGCAGGGCUUGGUAGCAAGCCUAUGCGUGGACUUGAUGAUUUAGCUUCCAGUAGCUGGCGUUCGAGGGGUCUGAGUGGCUCAAGCACAUCGUACAAGGACCAGACGGAAGUAUCUAUGCGCAGAUAUCAAGCCUCCGGAGGUCCGCCAAGCAGAGAACCCUAGCAGGCGCUAGGUCGCGUUGGUGCAGCUUAUCGUAAACGUCCGCGGGCUAUCCGUUCGUCUCUUCAUAAUGGUAGCGUUUUGAUAUGAACUUGGUCGACAUACGUGGCUUUUGGACGACAUCUGUCCGAGGCACUUAUGCAGCUCCCUGAUGAGCACGCUGGGUAUCGUCCACGACAGACGAAAAUAUUUGCUGC